CCCCCACUUGCAAGUUCUACCCCCCGCAAUUCCCGUUUAAUGAACAGCUCACGCACAUGUACACACAUACCCUUACACACACUCACACUCACCCACACAUCAGACCACCACCAUUUCUCUGCAUGCACCCAAUUGAACAAUGCCAACGACGCUGCUCGAUGACCUACCAGAUGAGCUCCAGCUGGCCACUGCAAACCAUGUAAAAUACGUCCAGAGCCUGGACACGCGCAAGGACGAAUACGAUUACUGGCUUACCGAGCACCUGCGCCUCAAUGGUGUUUACUGGGGCCUGGUGGCCCUGCACCUGCUCGGACACCCCGAUGCCCUGCCGCGCGACGAGACAAUAGACUUUGUCCUGUCCUGCCAGCACGAUAGCGGCGGGUUCGGAGCCGCGCCUGGUCACGAUGCGCACAUGCUCUACACGGUCAGUGCCGUGCAGAUCCUGGCCAUGGUGGAUGGCUUUGACGAGCUGGAGAAGAGGGGCAAGGGGAAGGCCAAGGUGGGCGAGUUCAUCGCCGCCCUGCAGAACAGGGAGACUGGCACGUUUGCUGGUGAUGAGUGGGGGGAAGAAGACACGCGCUUCCUCUACGGCGCCCUCAACGCACUCUCUCUCCUUGGCCUCCUAGAUCUUGUCGACGUCUCCAAGGCCGUUGAUCACAUCGUCGCCUGUGCCAACUUCGACGGCGGCUACGGCGUCAAGCCCGGUGCCGAGUCGCACUCGGGCCAGAUCUUCACCUGCGUCGCCGCCCUGGCCAUCGCCGGGAGGCUCGACCUCGUCGAUGUCGACAAGCUCGGCCAGUGGCUCAGCGAGAGGCAGACCCCCAGUGGCGGGCUGAACGGCCGUCCGGAGAAGACCGAGGAUGUCUGUUACAGCUGGUGGGUGUUGAGCAGCCUGCAGAUCAUCGGCCGCGCACACUGGAUCGACCGGGACGCGCUGAUCAAAUUCAUCUUGCGGUCCCAGGACCUCCAGGGUGGGGGAAUCGCCGAUCGUCCUGGUGACAUGGUCGAUGUGUGGCAUACCUGCUUUGGCAUGACCGGGCUGAGCCUUCUGGGGUACCCUGGCACCCAGCCCGUGGACCCUGUGUAUUGCAUGCCCAAAGCCACCAUUGAGAGGGUGCUAGGAAAGUCAUGGUAA